AUGGGAGAAUUGACUCCAAUUGAGCUUGCUUAUAUAAAAGAGAAAACAGAGGCACUAUACGAUCACCCAUUAGCUUGUAUAUUCCGUCAUCCUGUUGAUCCUGAGCAUGAUGCCCCAGAUUAUUUGGAUGUUAUCUCACAUCCAAUGGAUUUAGGCACAGUAAAAGAAAAAUUAAAUAAAGGAGGAUAUAAAACAUCUGCAGAUUGGUAUAAAGAAGUUUCACUUGUAUGGGCAAACGCCAAAAAAUAUAAUAAUAGCAAACAAUCCUUAAUUUGGAUGGCUGCCGAUAUUUUACAAAAAGAAGCUGCAGAGUAUUAUUCACAUAUACCCAAAACAGAAAUAGAUCAAUGGUCUCUAAAGAUUUUUGAAUUAUCCAAAGAAAUUGAACAUUUACUAUCAAUUGCUCCACAUGAAUCUAUUAUUCAUGCACAACCUGAACUACUUCAAAAAGUACAAUAA